CGCGCCGCCGUGGAGAGCGGAUUUGCCAAGAAGACUUUCAUCUCCUACUCUGUCACCUUUGGGGACAGCUUCCGACAAGGCAAGGUUGUUGGCAUAGACCCUGGGAGGCAACAAGUCUUGCUCAGUGAUGGUGAGGAGCUUCACUACUCCCAUCUCAUUCUUGCAACAGGCAGUGAUGGGCCAUUCCCUGGGAAGUUCAACAAAGUCGUUGACAUGGAAAGUGCCAUCCAGACCUACGAAGACAUGGUUAAGGAGAUUGAGAAAUCGGAGCGGAUCCUGGUAGUGGGAGGCGGUGCCGCUGGAGUUGAGAUGGCUGCAGAGAUCAAAACAGAGUACCCAGCCAAAGAGGUCACCCUCAUUCACUCAAAAAUUGCACUAGCUGAUGUGGAGCUGCUGGAUAGUGUCCGUCAGGAGGUGAAAGAGAUUCUCCUCAGAAAAGGAGUGCGCCUCCUAUUAAGUGAAAGGGUCAGCAAUGUGGAAAACCUCACCCCAAACCGGUUCCAGAAGGACAUGGCAGUAAGGACAGAAAAGGGCACCGAGGUGGUUGCUGACAUUGUGGUCCUGUGCACAGGGAUAAAGAUUAAUUCUUCAGCAUAUGCUGCUGCAUUUGGGGACAAAAUGGCAAGUAAUGGUGCUUUGAAAGUUAACAAGUACCUCCAGCUGGAAGGCUAUGACAACAUCUAUGCCAUUGGGGACUGCGCAGAUCUGAAAGAACCAAAGAUGGCCUACCAUGCUGGGCUCCAUGCCAACAUUGCGGUGACAAAUAUCAUCAACAGUCUGACAAAUAAGCCUCUUAAAACCUAUGAACCAGGGUCACUAACAUUCAAACAAUGGGCAGGAAUGAUGGCGUAGGCCAGGUGAACGGUUACUAUGUGGGACGUCUCUUGGUGACCAUCGCUAAGAGUCGGGACCUGUUUGUCUCCAAGAGCUGGAAAACAAUGGGGCAGACAAUGCCCUCUUAAGAGGGGAU